UUCAAUAAAACACAUCAUUCAAAUUUCAACAACCAUUCAACAUUAAAUCACUAAACAACACCGUCCAUAAUCACUUACAUGGAAAUUGAUGGUACUCCUCUUUCAUUUCUUACACAAGAAGACUAUAAUUACCUCUUCCCAAACAUCAUCAACCCCAACAAUAACAAGAAACGUACCAGACAAGACGAGGAACAACACAACGAAGAAUUUCCACAACAAUAUCCUCAGAAGAAAUCAAACAACAAUAAUAUCAAGGAAAUCAUAGCUUCACUUAUUCUAUUAGAACAAGAAGAAGAAGAGGAACAAAAAAAUCAGUUAUUUGAUAGAGAACAACACAAAAACAUGUUCAAUUCAAAUUUCAACAACCAAACACAAACCAUGAACAAUUACAUGGAACAACUUCAAAAUCAUUACUCUCAAAUAGAUCAAUUUCAUCACACAUCAACAAAAAAGGCUCGUCUCAAUGCAGUUGCAACUGCUUCAUCCAUUGUAUCAAAUUCACUUCAACCCGGUUCAACAAAUCAAACCGGUUUGGAAACCGGUUCGGUUCAGCCACAUCAACGGAGAUUAUGGGUAAAAGACCGGUCGAAAGACUGGUGGGAGAAUUGCAACCGGAGUAACUUCCCGGAAAAAGAAUUCCGACAAUGUUUCCGAAUGAGCAAAUCAACGUUCAACAUGAUAUGCAACGAAUUAGAUUCAUCAAUUACAAAGAAAAACACGACGCUCCGUGACGCGAUUCCGGUUCGUCAGCGCGUGGCGGUAUGUAUAUACCGUCUCGCAACUGGCGAACCGUUGAGACUCGUAUCCAAAAAAUUUGGUUUAGGAAUAUCCACGUGUCAUAAGCUUGUGUUAGAAGUUUGUUCAGCUAUAAAAACAGUUUUAAUGGAGAAGUAUCUUUGUUGGCCAGAUGAAGAAACAAUGAAGAAAACUAAAGAAGAUUUUGAGGGUAUUUUCGGUAUUCCAAAUGUAGGUGGCGCAAUGUACACCACUCAUAUUCCUAUUAUUGCACCUAAAGUAAAUGUUGCAAUGUAUUACAACAAAAAACACACCGAGAGGAACCAAAAAACUAGUUACUCAAUAACGGUUCAAGGAGUGGUAAAUAGUAAAGGUGUUUUUACUGAUGUGUGUAUUGGUUGGCCAGGUUCAAUGGGUGAUAAUCGCGUUUUGGAAAAAAGUGCUUUAUAUGAAAGAGCAAAAAGAGGUAAUUUAAAGAAUAUUUGGAUAGUUGGAAAUUCGGGUUAUCCACUUAUGGAUUGGGUUUUAGUACCAUAUAAACAUAAAAAUCUGACGUGGACACAACAUGGGUUUAAUGAAAGAAUUGAAGAAAUUGAAAAAGUUGGUAAGGAUGCGUUUGGAAGAUUGAAAGGAAGAUGGGGGUGUUUGCAAAAAAGGACAGAGAUUAAGUUACAAGAUUUGCCUAUUGUUCUUGGUGCUUGUUGUGUUUUGCAUAAUAUUUGUGAGAUUAUGAAUGAGGAAAUUGAUGAUGAGUGGAGAUUUGAGGUUUUUGAUGAUGAAAUGGUUGUUGAAGAUGAUGUUUGUUCUUUGGAUUGUUUGCAUGCUAGAGAUCAAAUUGCUCAUUAUUUGUUGCAUCAUGGUCGUGCUGGUACUGGAUUUUUGUAAUUUUUUUAUUUUUUCCUUUUUUUAUCAUUAGUAUUUAUAUUUAUAUUAUUUUAGUUGUCUUUUGAAGUGAAAAUGUAAAAUAGUGACAUUAGAGUAAGAUUUUUUUCGUGUUUGUUCUUUUUGAUCAAUGGUAACAUAAGAUUUUUAGAGUAA